AUGACGGAUGUUUGGGGAGACUACCAAACUGCAUCCCCUCGAUCCUCAAUCUCUCAAGCAUCCAACGGAAUGUCUUCUGCAGCUUCCUUGGUCAUGUCAGACAUCAAUUCCUCUGAGGUAGCUCACUCCCAAGCCCCCCACCCAAUGGGGCCGAGCACCGCGUUCACCAAUCUUUCCUCUUAUAUCCCUCCCAAAAACAAAGUUCUGUUUACAACUCCCUCCGCGCUCGCCCGCCAAAUGGCUACCAGGAUUAGCCGUUGUCUGAGGCUAGGCACGGGAUGUUACAUACAUGUCAGUGGAGUUACUGAAGCAAAGUUAGACGAGAUUGAUGAUGCAUUCCAAGAUCUUGGAAUUCGUAACUCCGUCCGAUUCACAUAUGAACACGAUCUGGAGGCAAUGGUUAUUAGGUGUAUGCCCAGCGAAGUGCAUGAGAGGGCAAGUAGGAGUUUCAUGAUAAAACUGGCGCUUAAGAUAGCUGCCCUCCCAGGCCAUUCCGAGGAUUCCAUUCUGCCGGUGGGGAGUACAAGAUUCCCGGUUCCCGGGAAGCGGAGUAAGGAGGGCGACGAAGGGAUCAAACCAGCGGAUACCCGGGCUGAUGGAGAUGAGUGGCCAUCUCUUAUGAUCGAAGUUGGUGUGUCUCAAACCAUGCUAUCCCUCCGCCAGGAUGCUUGUUGGUGGUUAGAGAAUUCCAAGGAAAGGACUCGAAUGGUUAUUUUGAUCCGAAUCAAGAAGGAUCCAAUGUCGUUGCGAUUAGAAAGAUGGGAGAGGGUUAUCGAUCCAGACCGGCCAUCCACCCGAUCCAGGCAGAAGACUACGCCAAAGUACACCCAACAUUUUGAGAUUGAUUCCAGCGGUGAUGUCAGUCACGCUGAGUCACAACCAGAUCUCAUCAUCCCGUACAAAUCCGUAUUUGAUACAGGCUAUGGUGCGGGUACCGAUAUCGUCCUCACUAAAGCUGAGUUGUCCGCAUGGUCUUUGAGAGUUUUCCGUGGACUUGGUAGAUAA